AUGAGCACAUUUCCAACAAACUGUACAGAUUCUUGCCAGAAUCUACUGAUCGGAUCUGAUGGAGGGUCAUCGGAUCUUGGACGCCUGGCCAGUGGCAUCCUUGACGAUGUACUCAAUCCACACCUAGAACUGGGGCACUUUAAGGACUCAGCCUCAACGUGCGAGUCCGUCGCCGUCAGCCAAAGAAGUGCGUCAUCGGGAAAGAGCAUCGUAGACAAGCGCCUGGAGUACUGGAAGAACACGCUUCGUCAGAGGCGAGCGCUCCAGGAGAGACUUCGGAAGGCAACCGGCAAGGAGCCAAAGGAGAUGCUACUCAAUCAUCCCACUUACAUUGACCAUCGGGACAGGGAGACGAUCAAGCGGAUACUGGACCUGGCCCGACCAAGGGAUCCCACUCAGAAGGAGGCCACCCUAGCUGAGCUCCAUCCAUGCGCGGAUCCUGUUCAGGAGACUCGGCCUCAGAAAGACUUUGUGGAGAUUGUGGGGAUACCAGGACAAAUGGCUGACGAGCUCCUUGGCACAGACGAUUCUAGGAACUUCCCCAGAAGCAAGUGGAUCAAUUCGAAACUUCUGAAAGAUCGCAUCGUAAAGGAUUUUCCCAAUAUACAGAGGGUGCUGGAGUACUAUCCGAGCAUCAAGAACUUGGAAAUUGUCCGCAGGCGGCGCUUGGGCACUCCCCGCGGUAACACUGAGUCCCUGGGCCCCAUAUCCAGCUCCUCAGUGAUCGACAUGACGGAACCCGACAAUCUAGCGAAGCCGACUAUUUCGACCAAACGAAAUCCAGGGUGCAGGUGUCAGCAUGGCUGCACUGGCGCGUGUGUCCUCAUCAAUGGCAUUCACUACAAGCCGCACGUUCCGGAGUUCUCGCCCAUCCUGGAACGAACCUUCAGCUGCAAUCCCUACCAGCACCACCUGCGCACCGUAAUGCGAAUCGAAAACAGUGGCGCAGAUGUCAUCAGGUUCACCUGGAUGCGCGUCGGUUCUUUUGCAUACAAUGACACGCUCUUCGAUGCGAAGGACAACGAGUUCGUCUUCGACGACAGUGCCUUCCGGCUAGAGCCCGGAGAGAUUCGCGAUGUGUCCGUCAUGUUCCAGCCGCGAAUGGUGGCGAUUGUAAAGCAGCGAUGGCUGCUGGCCAUGCGGCCGCGUUUCUUCUUUUACCGUCCCUGUGCCCUAACCCUCAACUUGCACGGACGCUGUUCCCCUCCCAAGGAGUAUCUCGAUCGACUUGAGGAAGAGAUAGCGAUCUCGAAACGCAGCUCCGCACAGAUUCUGCUACAUAUGGCUCUGCCUCUUGAGCAGAGACAUCAUAUCUUGUGUCCCUAUGAUCGCGAGCUCGAGGACCGCGAGGCCUUCAACCGACGGAACAAAACCUUCCACUGCUCCACUCAUGCGGACGCUGAGCAGCUCAAGGAGUUCUUUGCGGCGAACAAGCCCUUCCGAUCCUAUCCGAAGUGGGACUACAGUGUUCGGAUGCUCAUCGAUCUGGUCUGUGACCACAAGGACCCGCAGAAGCGCCUACUCCUAUUCAAGGAACUCACCGAAAUCUUAGCGCGACUGCGCGGACAAGGGAGCGCUUUGACCGGGCCGCAGGAGCGCAGUUACACGAAGCUCAACUAUGUGCGCGGGAUCAUCGUCAGCCGCAUCGAGGAGUGGGAGGAGAAGGUCUGGCAGCUAGAGAAGCAGCUUCUCAACGAACCUACGACCAGCCUGCUUAUGGGGAGGCUAACGAAAAUGAAAUACUUUCGGGACUCCAUUUACAUAUUCUCCUACGAUCUGUUGUGCAACGCUGCCGAGGAUAUUGUAUCCGUGAUCGAAAGCACUGUUUAGAUAUAGGUCUUAACAGUUUGCAAUUAUAUUCCAUAGACAUAAUUCUUCAGAUAAUAUGUUCAUACCUGAUUAUGCCCUUAAAUCCAUGUUUUAUACCACCCUCUAUCCUACAUUAAAAUUUGUCAGA